AUGCUACAGGUGCAUGCAGACACCAGCAAAAACUACGCAUGUGGUCAACCACCAGCAACGUACCUCUGGCCCCAAAACACCGAGUGCCUCAUCCAGGAGGGUCCUGAUCCAGAGGACAACUCCCCUAUUAUGUCCUUAGCUGAUCAAGAUAUCACCAUGGUUCCUGCAUCUCUCCAGUCACACUCUAAUGUCAACCUGUCCAAGGACUUCAUUCGCUGCCUGCCACCUCACCUGUCCAUCUACAUCCUGGGGCUUUUGGAUCAAAAAUCCCUCAAUGCAUGUGCUGCUGUGAGUAGAUGCUGGGCUUUUCUGGCCAAAGAAGUCAAGAGGGAACGUGUGUGUCAAAGGAUAGUAAAGGAGAAGAUCCUGUAUUUGCAGGGCUUGUGCCCUAAGGGAGCAGUUUCAAACUAUGCUAAAACAGUGGAUGUGACAAUUCCGCAGUUAAAUGAAGAGGGUGAUGUCAUCGAAGUGAAAGGCCACAAUUGGGGAAGUAAAACGAAGGUAUUUACUUUUCCCUAUUUUUCUUUCCAUCAGAAGGAGGGAGACAAUCUGCAGGCAGCCUAUCAUGAUCUGAAAACUGACACAAUCCAGUUGGAAGAGAGAAAUGUCUUCUGUGGCUCCUACAAUAUUCGUGUCCUCGUGGACCAAUCAGACCGAAGCAGAAUAAUCCAUUACAGUGGUGGAAACUUGGUAGCCAUUGGCUCUGCAGACCGAAAAGUGAGGCUUCUUGGUAUGUCGGGAAUGAAAGAAGUGUCUCCUCUGUUCUCUGGCCACGCUGGGAGCAUCAAAGCGCUCUUCCUCAAUGAGAAGAAAGGGUUUGUCCUCAGCGCGAGCUUUGAUCUCAGCAUCAGAUGCUGGAAUAUACACAGUGGUGCUUGUGUGAAAAUCUUUAAUGGUCACUGUGGGACAAUCACCUGCUUGGAUUUACAUGAAGAGCAGUUUGUGUCAGGAGCCAGAGAUGGGAUGGUGAAAGUGUGGAAUCUGGAGAGUGGGAAAUGUCUCAAGACUCUGAAGCACAACAGUGCUGUUUGGGUCGUUAAAAUGGAUGGCACCCAUGUUGUCAGUGGGUGUGACCGAGGGCUGGUGAAAAUCUGGCGUGCUGAUACGGGCACUCUGAUCAAAACAUUAAAGGGGCACCAAGGCCCAGUUAAGUGCUUGUCCUUUGAUCAGUGGCACCUAGUCACAGGAAGCACCGAUGGAUAUGUCCUGGGAUGGAGCAUGUUGGGAAACCUUAAGAGAUGCCUAAUAGCUUUCCGCCACCCUAAGGAAGUUCUGUCUCUGGAGUUCCUCUAUCUCAGAGUCAUCAGUGGCUGUGCUGACGGAAAGAUUCGUAUAUUUAACUACUUGACUGGAAGCUGCCUGAAAGUGUUGCUGGCCAGUAGCAGAGGGGACCCCAUAUCUUCCUUCUAUGUUGCAGGAAACAGGAUGGUGAUCAAUUCACCAACUAGUCUGUUGAUGUUCCAGUUUGAGGAUGUCAGGUGGGACUAUACCUUAGAUGCUGACAGAGAGGUGGUGGGGAAGAAAAAAGAGCGCAAGGGGACUUCAGGCAGAACAGCACUUCACCUUCAGCGAACGAGACGCCACGACCUCAGCCAGGUGCAUCGACUUCCUCUGGAGACACAAGCUCUCUGCAAUGAACUGAUGAAAUCAGCAGCUUGCCAGAAACAGCAGCAUUUUCUCAAGAUGGAAAAGGCUUUUUGCAUUCAGGCGGAGCGGCAGCCUCCUGGCACCACACAACCCCAUGCCUUUGCCUCGGGAAAGGCAGCGAGAGCAUGUUCUGCAAGAAUCCUGGCAGAUACUGAUGGCAAAUCUGAACAUGGACCUUCCCUCUGUGAACCUGCACAUCUUGACAGGGCAGAAGCCACUUUACAGCAUGGAAAGAGAAGAGGCCCAAGUUGUCCAAUGUCCCCCAACAAGUUCCUCUUAACAGUCAGCACGCUGCAGAAUGCCUGCAAGUCAGCCCUAGUCAACUCCAGUAUUAAGCAGACUGCAAAAGUCCGGGAAGCAUGGGAACCUCCACGGGAACAUCAGCAACACCGCCCUGAAAAGGUACAAAUAGACAAAACCCUUCUGCAACACAAAAAGGAUCAGACAGCCCAGCUCCAACGUGUGAGAUUGCACAGUGAUUCUCUGACUAUGAAAAGAAUUUCUAUACCCUUUGAAACCAAAAUGCUGCAGCUCAAGCUGAAAAACUCUUUGCAUGGACCCACUGUGAAUUCCUCCAUCCCUGCUCCCUCUGUUGUACGUCCCAAGAUUUGUGGUUUGCUGCAAGGAAAGAAAGCUCCCAGUGGUCAUGGUAAAACUACUCCUCUCACCGAAGAUGGGGUUCAGCUUAUUGAUCCCUUCACAGCUUCUUCUGAACUGAUCAAAUCAACACGUGUGAUGAUUGCACAAAUGAAAAAUGAAGCGGUUUCCAGGAGAAAAAAGCCCUUUUGUCCAUACGCUGCAGACCCUUCCCAGAAUGACAGUGGGUUCAGGCUUCUGACAGAAAAACAGAAGGAGGUGUACGAGGCAGCUGCUGUAGCUCAGUAUCAGGCACACCAGGCAAAGCUCAUAGAAGAUCAGCAAAGAGCAUGCAAGAAGGCCUGGUUAAGGAAAAUUAAAGGCCUACCUAUAGACUCUUUUACUGAGAAGGGGAAAAUAGCUGCUCCUGAACUUGGGCUUAAUACGUUUAUCUGA